AUGAACAUUCUAUUGGACACGCUGAAAUUGGUCUUGCUCACUGUUUAUUUUUGCAUUGUCAAUUCGAUCAAAUCGAUUUUGCCGAAUGGUGUGCUGCCGCGUAAAUCUGUCAGAGAUAAGAAGGUGCUGAUAACCGGCUCUGGAAGCGGAAUCGGAAGAAUGAUGUCCAUUGAGUUCGCCAAACUUGGAUCAGAAUUAAUUCUUUGGGAUGUGAAUACGAAGGGAAAUGAAGAUACGAAAAAGAUGGUCGAGCAGCAUGGAGCAAAGGCACAUGCUUAUACUGUCAAUUUGUCUGAUCAUAAAAAUAUCAAUGAAGUUGCUCAAAAAGUGCUCAAUGAUGUCGGACAAGUCGAUAUUCUCAUUAAUAACGCUGGAAUUGUUACUGGAAAGAAACUCUUCGAUUGUCCUGAUGAUUUGAUGAUCAAAACGGUCGCGGUCAACACUAAUGCCCUUUUCUUUACAGCGAAAAAUUUCCUGCCAAAAAUGCUCGACGCAGAUUCCGGCCAUAUUGUGACGAUCGCUUCGAUGGCCGGAAAAAUCGGAUGCGCGGGAUUGGUGGAUUAUUGCGCCUCGAAAUUCGGAGCUUGUGGCUAUCAUGACUCAUUGACGAUGGAGAUUGCCCAUCAGAAGAAGUUUGGAGUCAAAACAACAUUGGUGUGCCCGUUCUUCAUCAACACUGGAAUGUUUGAUGGUGUCAAAACCAAAUCUCCGCUUCUUUUCCCAAUUCUUGAACCAGACUAUGUUAUUGAAUGCAUUAUGGAGGCCAUUCUCACUGAUAGACCAUUGCUGAUCAUGCCAAGAUCUUGUUAUAUUAUUACGGCGCUUGUCGGAAUUCUCCCAUUCGAACUUUAUUCAGCUCUUGCCGAUUACUUUGGCUCGAAUUCGUCGAUGGAUGAAUUCAAAGGACGUCAGAAGGUUGAGUGA